CGCAGCGACGCCGCCACCUGCCUGCAAAGCCAAAGGCGUGAGGGAAUCCGUUAGCUGAGGUGCGUGGGUGUUCGUGCGCGCGCGCAGCGACGACGCUGGCUGAGGUGAGCCCGCGCGAGCGAGCGCUCGCGCCGUUGGCGUUGCCUUCCCUGGGCUGCCCGGCGGGGAGGCGCAGAGCUUGCUCCUCGCAGGUCCCGCCCAGACUGGGUUGGCUUGCUAGCCUCGGGCGACCGAGGCGGAGAGAAAGUGAGGAGGAGCCGAGAUGUCUACGGACCCGGAAGGCUCCGCCCGGAAGAAGGUUUCGGGCCUGAGCAGCAAGUUGGGGUUCACCCGCAUCGCCCCUUCGAGGGCGACCCGCCCGCGGCCGGAGAAGGGCGGCAGCGUCUUCUCACCCCCGGGAUACGUCGUCCGGUCGAAGCACCUGGGGAAGUUCCACAGAGCUGUCCACCGGGGCGAAUUCGAGGAGGCGCGGAAGUUGUUUUACUAUGACAAAACGGUGCUGAACAAGAGAGACAAGAAGGACAGGACUGCUCUCCAUUUGGCCUGUGCCAACAAAGAUGCACAGGUGGUCACUUUCCUGCUGGGCCAGAAAUGUGAGCUUAACCCCUGUGAUGGCGAAAGCAGGACACCUCUGAUGAAGGCCGUGCAGUGCCAGGCACAGGAUCAUGUAACUGUGCUUUUAGAACAUGGUGCUGAUCCCAAUGUCGUGGAUAUCUACGGCAACAGUGCUCUCCACUAUGCUGCGUUUAAUGGUGAUUUGUCAAUAGCAGCAACACUACGUUCUCAUGGUGCGAGUAUGGAAACAGCAAACAAGGAGUGGCAGACAUUGGCAUCUGGGAUCUUGUCACUAUUGAUAGAAGAGAGUCAAGAUCAAUUCACACCACUUUUGCUUGCUCUGAGUGAGAGAAAAAUGGAAGUGGCAGAAUUUUUAAUAAACGAAAAAGCAGAUGUAAAUGUGGUUGAUGACUUGAAAAGAACACCACUCAUGCUUGCUGUACGUUGUGGAUCAUCAAGUACAGUCAGUCUUCUUCUCCAGCAAAAUGUUGAUAUCUUUGCUGAAGAUUGCUUUGGAAGGACUGCAGAAGCUCAUGCUGUUGCUAAUGGUUCUGAUAUAUUUUGCCAGCAAAUUUUAGAAUAUAAAGAAAAAAUGAAUAGCAAUCCUCAAAAUAGCAAUCCAGAUGAGAUUACUGAAGAUCCUGGAAUCAGGCUUUCUGACACUCUGGAUUGUGAUGAUGAUUUAUGGCAUACAUCAGAUAUUGAAGACUUCAAUUCUUAUACCAAGAAUGUCGCCAAGCUGGAUUUGAAACAUCUAGCAACUGCUUCUCAGCAGACCAAGAAAAACUUGGAAGCACAGCAUAGCAAUGUGAGGACAAACGACACUGACUCCAUUAAGGACAGGAAUUCAGAGAGUCCAAAGGAAGAUGUAGUUGAAGACCUUUGUUCCAGACCAACCAGAGUCCCGCCAUUCAUUCCUAAAAUUGCCUUUAAAUUUGAUCGCCCUUAUCCCAGAUUUUUAUUCAUGCCUUUAAAUAAGUUUCCUACCACAGAGGAGGAAGAAAAAAUGGUAGAAUGUGGUAUUUCUGUUUUUGAAAGGGAUCCACCAGAGCAAACAAGAUCAGGAAAAGAGGAAGAUGAACCAAGUUUGUAUUUGGAGAGUAUCUCAGAAGAUCAUUCAGAAGAGGAUCUUAGACAUUUACCUGGGGCUGCCAAUCAAAAAGAAAAAAACACAGUGAAUACACAAGCAGAAGGGUCUCCUGAGAAACAUCAUAAGUUGAAGGCCACCAUCAUGGAGAAAGUUUCUAGUCCGGAAAUAGGUGUACGAACAAUAAACGUGCAACCAACCAGAUCAGCAAAACAAGACUUUGACACAACAUCGGAGCAAGGGGAACAAGAACCCAAAGGACGUCAAAUUCUGGCGAUACAGCCCACCGAGCGUGCAUUCGUUCCUGAUGUUAUCGGUGUGACAAUCGGUGGACGAAGAAUAGGGGUUCAACCAGCCAAACAAGAGUUUCUCAGAGAAUCUUAAGCAGAAGGAUCUUGGUGAUUCUUCUGGGGCUGCCAAUGCAAGAGAAAAAAAGACAGUAACUGAGGAAGCAGAAGGGCCUCCUGAGAAACAUCAUCUGUUGAAGGCUGUUGGGCAUACGAUUACAAGGAAAGUUUCUAGUUUGAAGAAAACAGUAGGAUGGAAGAAUGUGCAGACAUCUAGAUCAGAAUUGACAGCAAAACAAGACUUUGACACAACAUCAGAGCAAGGGGAACAAGAGCCCAAAGGACAUGAAAUUCCAGCAAUACAGCCCACCAAGUGUGGCACCGUUCCUGAUGAUCCCGGUCUGACAAUUGGUGGACGAGCAAUAAAGGUGCAACCAGCCAGAUCAGCAAAACAAGACUUUGACACAACAUCAGAGCAAAAGGAAGAAGAUACUAAAGGAAGUGAAAUUAGUGAGACACUGCUCACCGAGCGUUCCAUCGUUCCUGAUGUGGCUGGACCAACAAUUGGUGGACGAAGAAUAAAGAUGCAACCAGCCAGAUCAGAAUUGACAGCAAAACAAGACUUUGACACAACAUCAGAGCAAGGGGAACAAGAGCCCAAAGGACAUGAAAUUCCAGCGAUACAGUUUCCAGCAAAACAAGACUUUGACACCACAUCACAGCAAGAGGAAGAAGAUACUAAAGGAAGUGAAAUUAAUGAGACACUGUGUGUACAUUCCGGGAGAGGAUGGGCUCCUGAAGCCUUUGCCUGUGAAGAGAAUCGUACCUCGCAGAAUGGGGCCUUUGGUGAUAGGGUGCACCAUUGAAUUGUAACUUAUAUUAUAAGGAAAUCAGUAAAUGGUUUGAGAGUUAUUUUUUCACCUGUCAUUAGUGCAUUUUAAGUAUACUAGUGCAUUAUAAGUAUACUAUAAGUAUACCUGGGCAUUAUAAGUAUACUAGACCUGUACCUAGGCAUGUAGUCUGUUAGGUACUUGACACUGUUUUAUUAUAGUAUACAAUUUGAAUUAACAUUUUAGGAUUGGCUUUACUUCUUGACUGUUGUUGAUUUUAUCUACUAGUAAUGUAAAUUUUGCCUAGUCUCCACUUAUUAACCUUGAGAAACAGUACAGAAAUGCAUUUGAGGUGUUGGCUAUUGAAGAUAUGAUGCACUUUGUUUCAAAGGCCACUGAACGUUUCCUCCCAGUGAGAGUUCCAAGUCCGAAAACAACUACACGCAAAAAGAGGCUACGAACAUCCAGAUCAGAAAAUGAAGACUUUGUGACAUCAGAGCAAGGGGAAGAAGAGCCCAAAGGACAUGAAAUUCCGGUGAUACAGCCCACCAAAUGUGCCAUCGUUCCUGAUGUUCCCUGUUGGACAAUCAGUGGACAAAGAAUAAAGGUACAACCAACCAGACCAGCAAAACAAGACUUUGACACCACAUCAGAGCAAAAGGAAGAAGAUACUAAAGGAAGUGAAAUUAGUGAGACACUGGACACUGAAUGUUUCUUCCCAGUGAAAGUUUCAAGUCCGAAAACAGCUAUACACAAAAAGAAGCUGCGAACAUCCAGAUCAGCUCCAGGAGACUUUGUGGCAACAUCACAGCAAGCGAAAGAUCUUCAAACAAGUGAAAAGAACCAUCCACAGAGUUUCUCAGAGAAUCUUAAGCAGAAGGAUCUUGGUGAUUCUUCUGGGGCUGCCAAUGCAAGAGAAAAAAAGACAGUAACUGAGGAAGCAGAAGCACAACAAGAUGUUGUAGCAACAUCAGAACAAGAGGAAGAAAAACUUGAAGGAAGUGAAAAUAACCAGCCACAGGUUGGAAAAGAAAGGAAGAAGCAUAAAACUGAUGAGACAGAAGUAUAUAAGCACCUCUGUGAUAGUGCAUCUGGGGAUAGUAAUUGUGACGAAUUAGUCCAACAGAGAAAGGCUGGAAAACCUGAUCAUCUGCAGUUUGCUAGGAAGGACAGUGCAGAGUGGGAUUGCUAUAGGCCUGCAAAGGGAACAUUUAAGAAACAGAACAAGAUGAGAAACCAAACACAUUCUUCAGAUGACCAUGAUGACUUAACUUGCUCAUCUGAAGUAGCCUCAGAACAACUUGGAAGGGAUCGUGAAGCCCCUCUUCGCCUAUUCAGAAUCCAGAAUGCAGUUCUUUCAUGUGAAAGAUUAGCUGAAUCUACAGAUCAUUGUGAAAAACUUACAGAAAAAGCUAAAAAAAUGGAAACUGAGGUUAGCAUACUUCAAAAGGAGCUAUCCGAAACAAAAAGAAUAAAAUCAGAAUUAGAGCGACAAAAAUUUGAAUGGGAACGAGAACUCUCCUGUUUGAGAUUCGCCUUAAAACAAGUGGAAGAGAAGAGGAGACAUGAUCAUAUAGUAUAUGAAGAAAUUAGAGAAAAGUUAAGAAGAAAAAAAGAGCAAUAUAGGAAAGAAUUUGAAGUAAAACAACAACUAAAACACACUCUGAGGACACAAGAUGUGGAAUUGAUGGCUCUAAGAAAGAAAUGGAAUGAGAUAAAUCAAUCUUUGAUUUCUCCUAGUGGUGACAAAGAAACAGAUCUGUUGCGUAAUGAAAUUGCCAGGCUAAGAGAAGAAAUAAACACAAUAAAAAUGCAAAACAAGGAAAAGGAAAAGAAAUAUUUGGAAGACAAUAAAAUCUUACAAGAAAAUAAUAAUGACCUUCAAAGGACGAUAAAACUAAAUGAGGAAAAAUUCACCAGAACAGUAUCCUUAUAUGGUGGCGAAAUCACUGUUCUAACGCAUGAGAAUAUAAUACUAAAUUAUAAACUGGAAGAAGAAAAACAAAACAAAGAAAGACUGAAAACAGAAGUUGAGUCAUACCAACUUAGACUGGCCGCUUCUACACAGGAUCAUGAUCAAAGUCAGGCCGCAACAAAAGACCUAGGGCUUGUCUUCCAGCAAGCGAAAGAUGAGUUGUCUUGUAGACAGGAAUAUGUGAAUUCUCAUGCCAGCAUCCUUUUCCAACAACUUUGUGAAUCUGAAAGGAAAUUAAGAAACCUGCAAGCUGAGUUCUGUCAUACAAGAGAUGCUCUCCAAGAAAGGACUCUGGUUUUAGAAGGCGUGCAAAGAGACCUGAGGGAGACACAGUUUCAAAGGAAGGAAAUGGAACAAAAGUUCCAAAGAGAACAAGACAAAGUGAGUAAGUACAUCAUAAAGCAGGAGUCUUUGGAGGAGAGAUUAUCUGAAGAGCAAUGUAAAAACAUGUUACUUCAACAACAACUAGAUGAUGCCCACAAGGAAGUUGCCAAUAAAGACAAGGCAAUAACUAUUAACCAAGACAAAUUUUAUGCGACUGUAAAAACACUUGGAACUGAGAGUAAAAUGCAAAGUCUUCUGUUGGAAGAGAAAAAUCAGAAGUUAAUGCAUGAAUGUAAUCAUUUAAAAGAAAGAGUGUACCAACAUGAAAAAGAGAAAGAGAGAGAAGCAGUUGAGAGACAACUUCGGCAAGAACUGGCUGGUAUCGUACAUGAACUGUCUAGCACCGAGACUUCGCUAGGGAUUAAAUCACGUUGUCAGGCUCAUUUAGAAGAUGAGACCCAGGAUUCAAAGCAGCAAUUAAGUCAGAUCAGAAGUCAAUUACAAGAAGUGCACAGUCAACUGGAAGAGACUGGAAGAUUUGUUAAGAAGCUACAAGACCACAGGAAAAACUUUCAAAUUGAAAAUUCAAGCACCAACGAGGCAGUGGACAAUGUUGAGCAAUAUAAGAAGCAGCUGUUAAGUGCAAGUUCGACACGAGCACCAUCUCAGAUGGAACUGAAUGUUACACAUAGGGAAUCUGACAUCUCCACAUUAGAAACUUCUCAAGAUGAUUUUGAUGAAACCACAUUUAGAAGAUAUGAUCAACUCUAUCUGAAAGAUUUUAAACAUAGAAAAUCCUUAUCCAGUAAACUAAGCGAAGCGGAUCAGACUCUAGCAGAGGUCGGGACUGAACUGCUUGAGGAGAAAUCCAAGAGUUCUUAAUAUACCAGUCCUGUGUGUGGCCAGUCCUACAGUGUUAACUGUGAACACUUAGAUUACUCUGGAAUAUAGUUUGAAAGAUACUAAAUAUGAAAGAAUCCAUGUAAUUAGCUAAAAUUUGCUGAUCCAUUAUUGUUAUGUAUAUAAUGUUUUCAUAUAUUUAAAAUGAAAAAGUAUAAACAAGG